UCCGUCAGCCAAAACCCAGAAGGGCUCUCAAAUUUGCCCCAAAGCCGCCUCCCCUUCUUUCCCCAGAAGUGAGCUUCACUCCCAAUUUCGCAACUCAUCCAUCAUAAAACCAUGCUACUCCAACCCACUACAGCAAAACCGUCUUUCAAUCUCCAGAAUCAUGGACACCAGAACAUGUGUUUAUCAUCUAAUUUCUCUUACUCGAAGUCAUUCCCAUCUGGGUUUUGCUAUUCAUCCAUGAUUAAGCCCAUAACAACUCGGAAAAAUCUGGUCUUGACAUGUUCUAUCUCACAGGUGCAUAGCUACGGGACGGUGGAUUAUGAGAAAAGGCCAACUGUGAAAUGGAAUGCUGUAUACAAGAGGAUUAUUUUGAUGGAUGACCCCAAAAAGGGCUCUGCCAGUGUGUUGAAUCAGUGGGAAAAUCAGGGGAAAAAGCUCACCAAAUGGGAGCUUUCUAGAGUUAUUAAGGAGCUUAGGAAAUUCAAGCGUUUUAACCUUGCUCUUGAGGUGUACGAGUGGAUGAAUAACAGGGAAGAGAGGUUUAGAAUAACCACUAGUGACACUGCUAUCCAAUUGGAUCUGAUUUCCAAAGUGCACGGAAUUUCAAGUGCUGAAGAUUACUUUCUCAAGGUGCCAGAUCCCCUCAAGGAUAAACGUAUAUAUGGUGCACUUUUAAAUGCUUAUGCGCGUGCUAGAAAGAAGGAAGAAGCUGAAUCUUUGAUGGACAAAAUGAGAGAUAGAGGUUAUGCUUGUCAUGCACUUCCAUUUAAUGUCAUAAUGACACUCUAUAUGAACCUUCAAAAAUAUGACAAGGUUCAGUCUGUGAUUUCAGAAAUGUUGGAGAAAAAUAUUAAUUUAGACAUAUAUUCCUACAAUAUCUGGUUGUCAUCAUGUGGUGCCCAAGGAUCUGUUGGGGAUAUGGAGGAAGUACUGGAAAGAAUGAAGCUGGACACAACCAUCAAUCCAAAUUGGACAACUUACAGCACGAUGGCGACAUUGUACAUUAAGUUAGGGGAGAUGGAAAAAGCUGAAGACUGUCUAAAGAAGAUUGAGAGCAGAAUCACUGGCCGUGAUCGCAUUCCUUAUCACUAUCUGAUUAGCCUCUAUGGUACUGUUGGAAAGAAAGAGGAGGUAUUUCGUGUGUGGGACCUCUACAAAUCAAUAUUCUCCAUUAUACCAAAUUUAGGUUAUCAUGCUGUAAUAUCAUCUCUCAUUAGGGUGGGUGAUAUUGAAGGUGCAGAAAAGAUUUAUAAUGAAUGGCUUUCAGUUAAGUCAAUGUAUGACCCUAGAGUAGGGAAUCUUCUAUUAGCUUGCUAUGUUAGGAAUGGGUUUUCUGAUAAGGCUGAAGCAUUUUUUGACGAAAUGAUUGAAGUUGGAGGAAGGGCAAAUUCGGUGACAUGGGAGAUUCUGGCAGAAGGUCAUAUCAGGGACAGGAAAAUUUCGGAAGCUUUGUCUUGCUUAAAGAAUGCUGUUUCAGCUGAGGGAUCACAGAGCUGGAGGCCAAAACCUGUAAAUGUUUCUUCUGUUCUUAAGCUUUGUGAGCAAGAAGGUGACAUAUCAAGUAAGGAGGCUUUGAUGGGGGUGUUGAGGCAAGCCGGUUGUCUUGAUGAUGAAACUUAUAUGUCAUUUAUUCCCAUAUCCACUGGAUCUUUUACUGGAGUUGAACAAGCAAUAGAUAGGGAUAGAACUCACGAUGAUGAUGCUGGAUCUGAAAUAGUUUUCAGCCAGCUGCAGGAAAGCUUGUGAUAUCUUUUACACUCUUAAUUAUACCAAAUGCAGUCUGAAAUGCAGGGCAAGUGGAAUGCAUAACUACCUCCUCUUCAGGAUAAUUUGUGAGUCCUCAAGAUACUGCAAAGUAAAACAGCCAAGGGUGUGUCUAUUAUUUUGAACAAUGCUCAGAAGUUUCACUUGCCUUUUAGUUGUUUAGAGAUCUAAGAAGCAGUAGUUUUUGCCCAUGUGGAUGGAUGAGUAUCUUCUGUCUCCUUUUCACACAUUACAUCAUCUAGUACUCCAUCUCUGUGCUUUACUUUAUUUAACAACUGUUGGAGUUGUUUUAUUCAAUGAAUACUGGGUAAUUUUUAGUGAAAUCAGAUGUGGUGUUCAGUUUUAUGCGUAGUGAAUAUAAAUCCUUCUGAACUAACGUGUACCCAAGAUUUAAUCA